UAAACUUUAAACACUCAUAAUGUCUAUUUUUCAAAUUUCCUUCUCAGCUUUCUUACAAGAAAAUGAGUCUCUAAUUUCUGCUCCUAUGUACCUUUAAAGUUUAAUCUGUGUGUUUACUACUAUAUUUUCAUACAACAAUAGUUUAAGAUUACCAACAAAGAAUCAUGUAUAAAAUCAGAAGUUCCAUUAUAGUUUGGGGUUCAAAUUAUUUGCUAAGUAAUGAUUAUGGCCGUCCAUUCCUUUCAAGAACAUAUUCAAAACCCUAUACACAAAUGAAUUCAAAACCCCACUUAGAAUCUACCCCAAAACAGUCCAUUUUUAGCUCCAAUAAAAUGAUUAUGAAUUUAGGCCGUCAAGGAAAAAUUCAAGAAUCUCGACAACUGUUCGACGAAAUGCCUCAAAGAGAUGUUGUUUCUUAUGCUUCAAUGAUAACUGUUUAUCUUAAACAUAAGGAUCUUCCUAAAGCUGAGAAAUUGUUUUAUUCAAUGCCUGAGAGGAAUGUAGUGUCUGAUUCUGCUAUGGUUCAUGCUUACGCGAAAGCUGGGAGAGUCGAUGAGGCUCGUAGAAUCUUUGAUUUGAUGCCUGAUAGGAAUGUUUACGCGUGGACCAGUUUGAUUUCAGGGUAUUUUGAGAAUCGUAAUGUGUACGAGGCUCGAGAGUUGCUUCAACAAAUGCCUGAGAAAAAUGUAGUUACUUGGACUAUAGCAAUGGUGGGGUAUGCUCAAAACGGUUUGAUUAAUGAGGCACGAAGAAUUUUCGAUCAGGUUCCUGAGAAAAAUGUCGUUGUUUGGACGGCUAUGAUAAGGGCUUACGUUGAAAAUCAUCAGGUCGAUCAAGCUCUUGAGCUCUUUGAUAAGAUGCCUGAACGUAAUUUAUAUUCUUGGAAUGUUAUGAUUCAAGGCUGUUUAAAUGAUAACAGGGUGGACAAAGGUUUGGAACUGUUUAACGCAAUGCCAUGGAGAAAUGCGGUUUCUUGGACAACUAUCGUUACUGGUCUUGCGCGAAAUGGGAUGAUAGAAAUGGCAAGAGAGUACUUUGAUCGAAUGCCAAACAGGGAUCCUGCUGCAUGGAAUGCGAUGAUAACAUCAUACGUUGAAGAAGGGUUAAUGAUCAAGGCGAAUGAACUUUUUGAUUCGAUGCCUAAUAAAGAUCUUGUAAGUUGGAAUGUAAUGAUUGACGGGUAUGCAAAAAGUGGCGUUGAGGGUGAUGCCUUGAAGUGUUUCAUUCUCAUGCUUCGAUCGGGCUUAAGACCGAAUCAGACUACUCUUACCAGUGUAGUGACCUCAUGUGGGGCCAUCCUUGAGUUAAUGCAAGCUCAUGUUCUUGUUUUACUACUAGGGUUUAACCAGGACACGUCACUUAAUAACACUCUCGUCACCAUGUACUCAAGAUGCGGAGAUAUAAACUCAUCGUUGGCCACUUUCGAGAAUCUGAAAGUAAAGGAUGUUGUUUCGUGGACUGCAAUAAUCCUGGCGUAUGCAAAUCACGGUCUUGGUAACCAAGCAUUGCAAGCCUUCGCGCAGAUGCUAAGGUCCGGAAACGAGCCAGAUGAGAUCACUUUUGUGGGACUAUUAUCAGCUUGUAGUCAUGCUGGUCUUGUGAAGAAAGGUCAAAAGUUUUUCGAGUCGAUGAGGCGUGCUUAUGGUUUAAAACCGAGGGCGGAACAUUACUGUUGCCUUGUUGACAUUUUAGGUCGUGGCAAGUUAGUCGAUGAAGCUAUAAAGGUGGUGCACCAGAUGCCUCGAGAAGAAUGUGAUGGUGCUGUUUUAGGGGCUUUACUUGGCGCAUGCAAGUUGUACGGAGAUGUUGGAGUGGCAAACCAGAUCUGCAAUGAAAUAGUAGAGCGUGAACCAGGUAGCUCUGGAGCUUAUGUACUAAUGGCAAAUGCUUAUGCUGCUUCUGGAAGAUGGGGUGAUUUUGCGCAAGUAAGAAAGAAAAUGAAGGAGAGGAAUGUUAAAAAGGUACCUGGUUUUUGUGAAAUAGAAGUCAAUGGGAAAAAUCACAUAUUUUUCGUGGGAGACAGGUCUCACCCCAAGAAAGAGGAGAUUUAUACGCUUAUUAAAGAAAAUCUAUUGCCUCCAAUGCAAGAGAUGAUUUAGAGGAAUCAAAGAGAUACAUCGAAAGCUUGGCAUUGAAGAAUUUUAUUUGAACCAUUUGCUUAUGAAAGUUCUGAAGCUCAAUGCGGAAAGGCGACCAGAUUAUGGCUAAAAUGAACCUUCUCAAAGGAGAGAUCAAGAAGCAGUUGUAAGUUUAUUAUCAGGAAGAGCUAGCUGCUAAAUGCGCUCCCAAGAUACCUCCAUCAUGUGCACACUAUCUUGUGGAGGAAGAAGAUUAACUUCUGAGUUGGGAGACAAAUCUAAAUUUGAAAUUUUGGGUUCGAGUUUCAAUUUCUACCACUGUCGCUGUUCUGAGUACAAAGGAGGCUUCUAAUGCAAUGCUGCGAUACGAUGGACACAAAGUCUUGAGGACCUACUAAUUGGGUAAUUAUGGGGUUGGAUUUUGUAAGGUUAAACAGAUAAUUAGUAGUGAAAUUGAUCUACCAUUAAAUGUUAUGAUAGCACAAAUUUUGUUUUUUGCUGUAUAUCUCUUGUUCAAUGUAUCACUUCUCUAUGGGCUAAAAGUGGCUCAUUUGUGUUAUUCAUUCAAUAUUUGAAGUUAUGAACACAUAAAUUUCUCUUUGUUGAAACUUGUAUAAUUGGACCCUAUGUAGGUUAAUGCAGAUGUUAGGUUCUUGAGUAAUUACCUCUGGCAUAGCUCCAUUUGUUUAAAUUUACUAGUGAGUAUUUAUUAAGGUUUAAAAAACCCAACGAGGUUCAAUUUUGGCUAAAUGGUAGAACAGUAACUUACUAGCAUCCAUACAUCAUUUUUCGCUUAAUCGUGGUUAAACUACUAGUAAUUGGUUUGGUGUUAACUCGAUUGACAUACUUUUUUUCAGCUGAAGUUUCAUGCUUGAGUAAGGUGAGAAAAGAGUUGCUGUGAUAUUCUUUUUUUUUUUUUUUUUUUUUUAAUUUCCCCUAUUGAGUCUUCAGGCAACAAAAUGGGGCUUAUGAAAGAUUAAAAUACUCAACACUAGGUGCUCCCACAUCGAAAGCUAACCAAACCAGAAAGGAGAGAAGUAGUAUAAAAGCGGCAGACCGUGGACAUGGAAAAGCAUACCUUUCUCGGCCUUUUGGCUAAGAUCAAGUGUAGUAUCUGUUCUUAUCAGUUUAAUAUCUGAUAUGUGAGCCAUUGGCUCACAUGAUAUUAAUUCAAUUUUGUUAGGGGGAGAGUACGUCAAGGUAGCUUGCUACCUGGGCUCUCAAGUGUUGUCCAUGCGUUGCACUACUGCAUGGGCCUGGCGCACUCCACCAAUCCAAGUUCAAUUUUGAAAUUUGAAUAGUUUGUACUUAUGUAUGUUUUUGUAAAGCCCAGUGCUGACCAAAUUUCUGGAGUACUUCCAUCUUUAAUUUAAUGCUUCAGAUGAACUUUUCUUCUAGUUUAAAAGGAGUUGGCUAGACACUUAGAAUUAUUAUUUGAUGUAGUCUUUAAUCUCCUCAUGUUGCGACUUCCACUUGCUAUGAAUUCUUCUUGGAUACGAAAGAUUUUUAUAAUGAUUUUUG